CGAUGCAGGCCGGCAUUAAGGUGCCAUUCCGGGGGUGUCGCCGUGAGCCUGAGUCGCUACGUCAGCUGAUACCAUGGCCAUUAUUUUCAUGAAACACCUGGAGUCUUUUUAAAAAGGACGCAGAGUUAGAUACUAAUAUAAGCCAACAUUGGCUCCUGUACGAGUAUUUCACUGAUUUCCAUGCUUUGAUACUGUUAAUACGAUGGAGAUUUUACUCCGGGACGAUUUGGCAGCGUUAUCAGAUCUGGAUGAGAAAAGUUUGCUGGAAGCUUUAAGCCAACGUUUCAGCCAGAAUCACAUAUACACAUAUAUUGGGGAUAUACUGGUAUCAGUAAAUCCUUUUAAAUACCUGCCACUCUAUGAAAAAGAGGUAGCUGAGCAGUAUAAAUGCCACGAAAAGUCCUCACUGCCACCCCAUAUUUUUGCGGUGGCCGACAAGGCAUAUCAAUCUAUGCUGGGUCGACUGGGCACGGGAUCCAGGAACCAGUGCAUCGUCAUCAGUGGUGAAAGUGGAGCUGGGAAGACUGAGAGCACAAAACUUCUUCUGAGACACAUUAUGGACCUGUGCAAAGCGAACUCUGCACUCGAGCAACAGAUACUGCAGGUGAACCCGCUACUUGAGGCCUUUGGGAAUUCUCAAACCGUCAUGAAUGAUAACAGCAGUCGUUUCGGAAAAUACAUUCAGCUGCGCUUCCUCAAAUCUUCAGUCAAAGGUGCCAAAAUAAACGAGUAUCUCCUGGAAAAAUCCCGUGUGGUGCACCAGGAUGAAGGGGAGCAGAACUUCCAUAUCUUCUACUACAUGUUGGCUGGGAUCUCACAGGAGGACAAGGAAAUGUACGGCCUUUUGGAGACCUCGCAGUACAGGUACCUCAAUGGCGGGUGUGGUACAGAGGAAAUGGUCCGCCAGUGGACCACUAAGUACAGUGAGGUGUGCAAUGCCAUGGACAUGGUGGGAUUUGAGGAACGGGAGAAGGUAGAUAUGAUGACUGUGCUGGCUGGAAUUCUGUCCCUGGGUAACAUCGUGUUUGAGCCCUCAGAGAGCGACGCGCUCAGAGUGGCUGAGAGUGCACAGGGUUGGCUGAAAGCCUCAGCGGGUCAGUUUGGUGUCAAGGAGGAGGAGCUGUUGAGGAGUCUGAUCUGUACCAUGUCAGUGACCCGCGGAGAAUCCAUAUGCCGCUUCCACAACCAGCAGCAGGCUGAGGAUGCUAGAGACUCCAUUGCCAAAGUUGUUUAUGGCAGAAUCUUUGGCUGGAUUGUUACCAAGAUCAAUGUGUUGCUGGCACCUAACGUGGAUGUUGGUGUGGACCUCAAAGAAAUAGGAAUUCUGGACAUUUUUGGUUUUGAAAACUUCACCGUUAACCGGUAUGAGCAGCUCUGCAUCAACCUUGCCAAUGAACAACUGCAGUAUUUUUUUAACCAUCACAUCUUCUUAAUGGAGCAGAAGGAAUAUACAGAGGAGGGAAUAACAUGGGAGGCGAUAACCUUCAAAGACAACAAGCCCAUUCUGGACCUCUUUCUAAGCAAACCCAUUGGCAUCUUCUCCCUCCUUGAUGAGCAGAGUGCGUUUCCCCAGGCCACUGACAGGGAUUUUGUUGAUAAGCUGAACAGCAAAUUCAAGGGCAGCCCCCACUUUGAGAUCGCCAGGAGCCGCCAUCCAGUCUUCACGGUUGUUCAUUAUGCUGGAAAGGUGCAGUACAAUGGAAAUGGAUUCCUGGAGAAGAACAGAGACACCAUUCCUGGCAGCAUCCGUGAUCUGUUCAUCAACAGUGUGACCCCUCUUCUCAGCGUUCUCUUCACAGCCACGAUAUCCAGAACUGGGACUUUCAUGCCACGGAAAGCAAAGCUUUUACAAAAUUCUGAGGACAACUUCAACUCAACCAGGAAACAGUCUGUUGGUGCGAAAUUUAGGCAUUCCCUUGCUGUUCUAAUGGAGAAGAUGUUUUCUGCCAAUCCUCAUUUUGUACGCUGCAUCAAACCCAACUCCAAGAAGCAACCUGACCAGGUGGACGAGAGAAUAAUGAUGGACCAACUCAGGUACAAUGGCCUUCUGGAGACGAUUCGGAUACGCAAAGACGGUUUCUCUUGGCGCCCCUCUUUUGAAGAAUUUGCACAGAGGUACAGGAUUCUCCUGUUUAAACCAGAUCUGCCUUUAAACAAAGAAAGUUGUAUGGAAAUCCUUAAUAGAACAGAACUCCGUGACUGGAAAUGUGGGACCUCGCGUCUCUUCUUCAAAUACUGGCACCAGGAGGAGCUGGCCAGGUCACUGGAGAGAUUGGACAGGGCAGCACUGGUCAUCCAGAAGAACUACCGGGCAGUCAGCUGUAGACGGAAAUAUUUAAUUCGGCUAGCGGAGCUUCGUGCGCAGAGACAGAGGGAGCAGGAGGAAGCAAUUCAGCGUCAGCUGGAGGAGGAAAGGAAGAGGCACUUGGACAUGGAGCAAGAGAAUAAGAUGCCAAUACAUCGACCUGUGCCACUGCCGAGGAAGAAGAAACCUCAACCCAAACCUCACUGCCCCCUGGUGGGGAGCCUGAAUCCACCCCAGCCCACUCCUGUACCCCGCCCUCGUAGCAAACUCUUCCAGGCCACCUCCCAUGACGACGACCAGAAUGUGAAAGGUGACUCCCCCUCCCUGCUCCCGGCACUAGGAGAGGAUGAGGUCACCGGGAAGACAUUCACCAGGAGAUGCAACACAAUUCGCUGGUUUACGGAAACGCAGGCGAGGAAGGUGGUGGUGAAUGGGGAAUUCCCUUGCUGGUUCCAUGGCGUGAUCACACGGAGACAAGCUGAGGAUUUGAUGACAGACAAACCUAUUGGCUGCUUUCUGAUCAGGCUUGGACAGAGUCGAAAGGGCUAUACGUUAACAUACAGGAGCAAAGAGCGUUGCCGCCACUACAUGAUCGAGAUGCAGAGUAACGGGAAGUAUGUCAUCGUCGGGGAAGACCGAGCUCAUGCAUCACUGCCUGACCUGGUCGACUACCACACCUGUAAUGGCAUCAAGCCCUUCAUGGAGUUUCUGACCAUUCCCUGUGGACAGAAGUGUGAGCAGGAGCCAGAUUAUGAAGAACUAAGGACCCUUGCUGACAAGGGUCAACAUGCAUGGGAAGAUGAGGUCAUUCCCACUGAAGCCCACAGACCCUCAGAAGCAAAAUGGAAUGUGGAUAGAGGAGCCUUCGAAAAUGGCCAUAACGCAUGGGAUCACAACACAAGGACCUUACCCCGGCUGUACCCAUCUAUUAGACUGGCAAUGAAGGAAAUUCAGCAGCACUUCCAAGACCGGCAGGAUCAAGGCCACUUCAGCUGCACCUCACACUCCACAACAGAACCAUAGUGACUGUUUGACCUCUGUGACCAUGUGCUUAUCUUUACAACACAAACACCACUAAGUCAAACUCCAUAAUCACUGCUGCUGGAUAUAGCUGUGAGAAAAUGAUUCAGUAUCAUUAGGUCUUUUAAAAUUUUUAGGUUAUUGGAUCUUACCAACUCACUAAAAUUAAACUGGAUUGUUCCGUUUGUCAUACUUUCCCCAGUACUGCCUACUACCUUGUUCACUUUCAAACUGGCGGUUUCUGGAUAUAUCACAUCUUUUAAUCAGUUUAUUGCCGUACAUGACAAAGUUGUCCAUUUGUAAAUUUUCCAAUAAAGAAUUUAAUUUUCAAAGUUUUAA